AUGGCAGGUUGGAUUGAUUUUCUUUUUUUGUUGGCACUCAUUGUUUUAGUUGUUAACUUUGUUUGUGAAUGCGUUGCCUCUAAUGAACUUUGUUGAUUUAAUUCGCUCAUUUGUUGGGUUGCAAUUUGUUCUGAUAUGUUCACAGCUUUCAUUGUAAGAUAAGUUUUAUUGGAUUUUGAGGGUUGUAGAAUUGAUAAUAAAGCACUCAAUGGUGCCAUCAGUUACUUGCCUUGGAACUUCAAUAAGUUUGGACUCUUAUCAUUUAGUUCAGAAGUUAGGAUUUGACGCAAUUUUGAGUUUAAUGGUUGGAUUAAUUGUCACUAUUGAGAUAUUCCCAGAUUUCAGGGCAACAAGAAUUCCGGCCAGUUGGAUAGAACAUUAAAGGAUCUCUGUUUCACGGGGAGAGUUAAAGAAGCUGUUGGAAUAUUAUGCUGCACAGGAGUGCAAGUGCAUGCUGACACGUAUUCACUUGUCUUGCAAGAAUGCAUUUUUAGGAAGGAAUAUAAACAGGGCAGAAGAAUUCAUUGGCAAAUGGUGGCAUUUGGAUUCGUUCCCGAUGAGUAUCUAAAGAUCAAGAUUUUGAUCCUGUAUGCAAAGUCUGGAGAUUUGGAUUCCGCACACAUUCUUUUUGAUAUGUUGCUAAUGAAAACUUUGAUUUCAUGGAAUGCAUUAAUUGCAGGAUACGUGCAAAAGGGGAUGGACGAGGUGGGCUUGAGUCUGUAUCACAGGAUGAGACAGCUUGGUUGGAUGCCUGACCAGUACACCUUUGCCUCUGUGUUUAGGGCCUGUUCCUCUCUAGCUGUACUGGAACAGGGCAAACAAGCCCAUGGUGUACUGAUUAAGAGUCAAAUUAACGGAAAUGUUGUAGUUAAUAGUGCACUUAUGGAUAUGUAUUUCAAAUGCAGUAGCCCUUUUGAUGGGUUUAGAGUAUUUAAUACGUCUUUGGACAGAAAUGUCAUAACUUGGACUUCAUUAAUAUCUGGAUAUGGCCUGAACGGGAGAGUGUCUGAGGUCUUGAAUUCUUUUCAUCAGAUGAUAAGUGAAGGUGUCAAACCAAACCAAAUCACGUUUCUUGCUGUACUUUCUGCAUGCAGCCAUGGAGGACUGGUGGAUAAAGGGUGGGAAUACUUUUCUUCAAUGAUGAGAGACUAUGGUGUUCAGCCAAGAGGAAAGCAUUAUGCAGUCAUGGUUGAUCUUUUAGGCCGUGCUGGUAGACUAGAGGAGGCUUACGCAUUCGUCCAAAUAUCACAUUAUAAAGAGCACCCAGCAGUAUGGGGGGCUUUACUUGGCGCGUGUAGAAUUCAUGGAAAUAUAGAUAUGGUGAAACUUGCUGCGAAGAACUUCUUUGAAUUAGAACCUGAAAAUGCUGGAAAGUAUGUAGUCCUGUCUAAUGCUUAUGCGACGUUUGGUUUAUGGAAGAAUGUCGCAGAGAUUAGGAGGGUAAUGAAAGGGUCAGGAAUAAAAAAGGAGCCUGGUUAUAGCAUGAUAGAGGUACGAAAGGAGGUCCAUUUCUUCUUUAUGGGACAUAAUACUCAUAGUGAAACAGAACAGAUUCAUGGGCUGAUUAGAGAAUUAGCCUUUAUAAUGAAAGAUGCUGGCGAUGCCCCGGACUUCAAUAUUGAAUUGGAGUAAAAUUAUAGUUCCUAUGGUGAUCAGAUUUUAUUGGUGUUUAUUAUCUUAGAAAGUCCAGAAUUGGAAUUCAGCUACAUUUUUUCAGUAGCAUAAAUGCUCAUCACUCAUCAGUGGUGAGAUAUGGGAAAUGUUAGAUAGACGUGCCAUAUUUUCAGUUAGCAACUAAUCAAUUCCGACAGUUGGACUACUAUGUUGAGAAUAAAUGCAAACUUUCUGCAUAAAGACAACAUGAUGGACUGUAUCUAAAGAAGUGUAGCCAUAAUAAAAUCGAACAAAGACAAUAGGUACGGGUUAGAUUCUAUUGUGACACAUGAUGGAGAAAAGUUGCCAUGCUUGCCUGUAGCAGAUCUCUCCUCAGUUCGAGAAAAGCUGGGUGCUGAGUUAUAUG